GUAACUAAGUUCGAUUCUGUCGUAUCAAAUGUAUCAGCAUCAGAGUAAAUUCUAAAUUGUGAUUCGUGAACGUGAAUUGGAGUUUACCGGCUUCAGAUGUGAUGUUGGAUUGAAAUGAAGUUGAUUGUGAACAAAUCAAUAUGGCACUCAAGCUUGGAAAAUGCAGGCUUUGCCUCAAGCUUGGCGAUUUCUAUUCCAUCUUUACGGUGGACAACAAUUUACAACUCGCCGAGAUGGUUAUGGAAUGCGCGCGGGUUAAAAUACAAGAAGGCGACGGUCUUCCCGAUAAAAUAUGCAGUGAAUGUAUUCAGAAGUUAAGCAGUGCGCAUAUUUUUAAACAACAAUGUGAGAGGUCAGAUCAAGAAUUGAGACGUAAUUAUAUUCCACCACCAGGUUUUAGUUCAACUCCACCACCUCCUACUCGACAAAGCAGUGAUUCCGCCUUCUCAACAGACACUUCGAAACCCUCUUCGUCUUUAGAAAGUAAAGUAACGCCCGCCAGUAGAGUGCGAAAGAGAAGCGGAGAAAGUGUUGGAAAUGCCUCGAAUAGUAGUUUUUCCCACGAUUAUCAACCUGGCACUUCCAAACGAGUCGAAGAACUGCGAAAGUCUCAGAAAAGACGAAAAUUAUGUGAAGACGUCUCCGAUUCAGAUUUUGAGGAUAACAGCGCCUCAUUCUAUUCUGCUGGGACGGACUCUGAUGAACCACUAGAUUUCAAAUGCGAUAUCUGUUCGAAAUCCUUUAAAAGUUAUAUUAGUAUGUCGGCACACAAAAAAUGUCAUAGCAGGGGAAAGAGUGUCUUACAUAAGCAGCCUGCAGCUCCGCCUCCGCUUAGCACUCCACCCCUACAACAUAGCACUCCACCCCCGGGAACCGACGCUCAUGAUGUCGAAGAUGUCUCUAAAUGUGAAAAAUGUGGCAAGACCUUUAAAUUGAAUAUAAUGCUUAAGAGACAUAUGGACGUAUGCGGAAAAAUUGAACUCGACAAAGAACUCAUGAUAUCCUUAGAACCUAUUGAUGCUGUGCCCAAUAAAAACAAAAUAGAUUGUACGAUGUGCACAACGAAGUUUAAAAAUAUCGAAAAUUUAGAAAAGCAUAUGCGAGUUUGCCACGCGGCAGUUCUAAAAAAAGAUGCACCUCCAACGCAAAUCGAAAAUGGGAAAAUUGCUGUUCCUUGUUUUUACUGUCGCAAACCAUUUAACGAUUAUUAUUCCUAUACAGCACAUUUUCGGGUGUGUCCUAAAAGAGACGAUUCACUUUCAUUUGUGUGUCCAAUCUGUAGCAAGGCCUUGAUGAAAAAAGCUAGUUAUUUCUUGCAUUUAAAAGCUCAUUUCUUUCCUGUUACAACUAUAAAAAAGGACGAACCCCCCUCUCCCAAUAAUUAUUCAUGUCGUUUUUGUUCUACGAAGUAUUCAAGCCAAGAAGGUCUUAUUGCGCACUUAGCAACCCACAUGAGCAAUACAGAAGGUGUUGAAGAUGGUGGCGAUGAAGAAUCUAGGGCUAGUACCUUGGAUGAUUCAGCGUCUGCACAUUCGGAAUACAACUCGUCGAUAACAAGCGGACCAUACAAAUGUGGAAUUUGUGGGAAAGAAUUUAAAUAUAAAAAAGCUCUUGCUACCCACGAGGCUAAACAUGCUGAAGGAGUUAACGUUAAAACUGAACCACCCGAUAGAGACACUUCAGAUCUAUUAACCCAGUCAAUGAAUGACGACCAUUUAAACCAGUCCGAUUCUGAAUCAAGUCACGGAGAAGAAGAAGAUAAUACGUGUGAUAUUUGCGAACGGCAAUUUUCUUAUAAACGUCUGCUCAUCCAACAUAAGAGAACAAAACACAACAUGACCUCCGGAACGAAAAGAGCGAAGAUAAACUUAAAAGACUGCGCCGUUCGCUGUCUUAUAUGCGACUUGGAAAUGAAAGUGAGCGCAAUAUAUGAGCACAAUCAGAAACACAUAUCAGCUAACAUAAAGCCGAGAAAUAUGUACACUUGUAUGGAGUGCGAGCAGCAAUUCAAAAGCUGUAGCGGACUUGCGAGUCACAUUAAACUGGUGCACAGGUUACAUAUGAAGCAGCAAGCGCCGAAGAUCACGGUGCCGACGCCGGAUCUGGCGGAUUUUUGUGAAGUCGUUGUGACAAAGGCGGAGCCCCUGGAUUAUGUCCAGAGUCACAGCGACUUUGGGGAGGCUUCCGCCGUAAAUGCAGCGGGCGUGUUCUCAUGCCCCACCUGCAACAAAGUGAUGCCCACGCUCAUUUCGCUGAAGCGGCACAUGAACUGGCACACUAAUGUCGGCAAUAAUAUAGAGAAGAAACUCGAGUGUUUCGUCUGCAAAGAGACUUUCAGAUUCAACUGUCACUAUAAAUUACACAUGCGAGAACACUACCACGAUACCAAUUUAGAUCCCAAACAUCUGACCUGCCCUAUUUGCAACAGAAAGAGUAAACACUUGCGCGCUGCGCAAGCGCAUAUGAAUUAUCACAAACAAACCCGCUUCCAGAAUAAAGAUUACGAAUGUGCUAUUUGUAAAAGAGUCUUCCAAUAUAGGAAAGUUUAUCUCUCCCAUAUGGCCAUACAUUUUAAGCGUGGGGAAUCCGCGAAUAAUACGAUAAUAGGCUCCGAACUACCAAACACGGCCGACAAAACGGUUUUUGAUGGCUCUCAUACGUGUGCAUUGUGCGGUAAAGUGUGUGAUUCGGAAACAUCCCUUAAAUGUCACAUGAGUUGGCACAAAUCGAAGACGUUACUGUACGGUGCGCGGCACGAGUGUGAAAUUUGCACUUUGCAGUUUACCAACAAGAGACGCCUCGAAAUUCAUUUUCGAACCCAUUUUGAAGAUGACAACGGUCCGUUUAAGUGUCAUAUUUGUGGUAAAGGUUACAUUGCAGAAGAAUACUUUCGGAGACAUGUCAAAGGUCAUAAUUUCGACCAUCAGUCUCACAAGAAGAGGAUUGAGAAACUCAGAAAGGAUAAAGUGAAGUGUCCAAUUUGUACAAGAUACUACCCAGAUUUAGUGAAGCUUAUACGUCACCUACGAAGAACUCACCCCGAAAGUAAAAUGAUUAAAGACGAUCCGGAUGCACCGCCGCCUAUGUACUAUCCGUGCAAAUUGUGUGCAAAAGUCUUCUUGGAUGAGCGGCGUCUGCAACACCACGAAGAGGCCCAUUUGCGGAAACCAGAGUUCUUCAAGUGCAAGUUUUGUGGGAAGAAAACGAUAUCACUGAAAAGUCAUCGCAUUCACAUUAAAGGACAUUUGACACAGAAAUACAUUGACGAACCUCUGAAAUGCCCGCACUGUAACGACACGUUUACGAGAGGCUACGACUUGCAUUAUCACUUGAGAGACGCACACAACAUAGACGAGACGUGGAUAGCCGAUCGAAAUAAUCAAGGCUUGGAUGGACCUCUGAAAGACCUGCAAUGUUCUGUAUGCUUCAAAAUUCUCGCAUCCAAGGGUAACUUUGAACGACAUAUUGACUACCAUAAUUCGCUUCGGUGCAAUUAUUGCUUCGAUUACUUCAGUACCCUGAGAUUCUUGGAAGGCCAUCUAGCGUUCAGCUGUGAGAAAAAGAAAUUAAUUGGUAAUACUGAGGUCUAUCCUAGAAAAGUGAAGUGCCACAUAUGUUAUAAGGCAUUCCAUGUUCAAGUGAAAUUGGACUGCCAUUUGCGAACGAAGCAUGGCAUCAAGUCAUUCAAAGAAGCUUCAGAGAGUAAAAAGGAAAUUGUAUGUGAUUAUUGUUUUAGAGUAUUUGAAAAUAUGGAUGCCCUCACUACUCACAAGCUUUACCAUAGGACUAUAGGGUACUAUGGCUGUCUUUACUGCAAUAGAAAGUUCAAUACCAUGACAACAUAUAGAAAGCAUAAAAACCAUCACUUCUCCCAACUGAAUGUGGACAAUCCAACUAAGUGUGAACAUUGCGAUGAGACAUUUGUGCCAUUCCGCGAAUUCAUAUAUCACAUGCGAGACGUUCAUGGCGACGAUAAAGAGUGGGUCGUGUUACCGAAAGAAUCCAUAGAAGAAAAGUGUAAUAUUUGCAAUAAAAUCUUUUACAAUUUACAUAGGCAUCUCGCAUAUCAUGAAGAGAACAGGUGCAAGAAGUGUGGUGAAUAUUUCUUUUCGCGAGUCGACUACGAUAACCACAUUUGUCACAUCGACAGUGACGAUGAAGUUUUGGAGAAUUCGGAAAAUGAUAUUCGGCCGAAGUAUGAAGAGUGCCAGUUUUGCUUUAAACCUGUCACCAUCAAAACGAAAAAGAAACAUGAUCUAUUACACAAAGGAUCUGGUUCUAUAUCGUGCAGAUUUUGUCCUCUCAAAUUUAAAACAAUUGACGCGUUUAAUAUACAUGCAUUUUCACACCGAAGUAGAAAAUAUAAAAAACAUCCGAUCCGUUGUCGCAUUUGUCGAGAGGCGUUCGUUAAAUACGGGCCUUUCAUCCGUCACAUGAAGAACGUGCACAAGUCGAGCAAAAAGAUGCAUUACAGAACCACGAUCAAACCGGAAAAAUGCGUCGUGUGCUCGGGCGAAUUUCCAAAUUUACACAAUCAUUAUAGGGCACAUUUGCAGAACCAAUAUUCUGAAUCAAGUCACGGAGAAGAAGAAGACAAUACGUGUGAUAUUUGCGAACGGCAGUUUUCUUAUAAACGUCUGCUCAUCCAACAUAAGAGAACAAAACACAACAUGACCUCCGGAACGAAAAGAGCGAAGAUAAACUUAAAAGACUGCGCCGUUCGCUGUCUUAUAUGCGACUUGGAAAUGAAAGUGAGCGCAAUAUAUGAGCACAAUCAGAAACACAUAUCAGCUAACAUAAAGCCGAGAAAUAUGUACACUUGUAUGGAGUGCGAGCAGCAAUUCAAAAGCUGUAGCGGACUUGCGAGUCACAUUAAACUGGUGCACAGGUUACAUAUGAAGCAGCAAGCGCCGAAGAUCACGGUGCCGACGCCGGAUCUGGCGGAUUUUUGUGAAGUCGUUGUGACAAAGGCGGAGCCCCUGGAUUAUGUCCAGAGUCACAGCGACUUUGGGGAGGCUUCCGCCGUAAAUGCAGCGGGCGUGUUCUCAUGCCCCACCUGCAACAAAGUGAUGCCCACGCUCAUUUCGCUGAAGCGGCACAUGAACUGGCACACUAAUGUCGGCAAUAAUAUAGAGAAGAAACUCGAGUGUUUCGUCUGCAAAGAGACUUUCAGAUUCAACUGUCACUAUAAAUUACACAUGCGAGAACACUACCACGAUACCAAUUUAGAUCCCAAACAUCUGACCUGCCCUAUUUGCAACAGAAAGAGUAAACACUUGCGCGCUGCGCAAGCGCAUAUGAAUUAUCACAAACAAACCCGCUUCCAGAAUAAAGAUUACGAAUGUGCUAUUUGUAAAAGAGUCUUCCAAUAUAGGAAAGUUUAUCUCUCCCAUAUGGCCAUACAUUUUAAGCGUGGGGAAUCCGCGAAUAAUACGAUAAUAGGCUCCGAACUACCAAACACGGCCGACAAAACGGUUUUUGAUGGCUCUCAUACGUGUGCAUUGUGCGGUAAAGUGUGUGAUUCGGAAACAUCCCUUAAAUGUCACAUGAGUUGGCACAAAUCGAAGACGUUACUGUACGGUGCGCGGCACGAGUGUGAAAUUUGCACUUUGCAGUUUACCAACAAGAGACGCCUCGAAAUUCAUUUUCGAACUCAUUUUGAAGAUGACAACGGUCCGUUUAAGUGUCAUAUUUGUGGUAAAGGUUACAUUGCAGAAGAAUACUUUCGGAGACAUGUCAAAGGUCAUAAUUUCGACCAUCAGUCUCACAAGAAGAGGAUUGAGAAACUCAGAAAGGAUAAAGUGAAGUGUCCAAUUUGUACAAGAUACUACCCAGAUUUAGUGAAGCUUAUACGUCACCUACGAAGAACUCACCCCGAAAGUAAAAUGAUUAAAGACGAUCCGGAUGCACCGCCGCCUAUGUACUAUCCGUGCAAAUUGUGUGCAAAAGUCUUCUUGGAUGAGCGGCGUCUGCAACACCACGAAGAGGCCCAUUUGCGGAAACCAGAGUUCUUCAAGUGCAAGUUUUGUGGGAAGAAAACGAUAUCACUGAAAAGUCAUCGCAUUCACAUUAAAGGACAUUUGACACAGAAAUACAUUGACGAACCUCUGAAAUGCCCGCACUGUAACGACACGUUUACGAGAGGCUACGACUUGCAUUAUCACUUGAGAGACGCACACAACAUAGACGAGACGUGGAUAGCCGAUCGAAAUAAUCAAGGCUUGGAUGGACCUCUGAAAGACCUGCAAUGUUCUGUAUGCUUCAAAAUUCUCGCAUCCAAGGGUAACUUUGAACGACAUAUUGACUACCAUAAUUCGCUUCGGUGCAAUUAUUGCUUCGAUUACUUCAGUACCCUGAGAUUCUUGGAAGGCCAUCUAGCGUUCAGCUGUGAGAAAAAGAAAUUAAUUGGUAAUACUGAGGUCUAUCCUAGAAAAGUGAAGUGCCACAUAUGUUAUAAGGCAUUCCAUGUUCAAGUGAAAUUGGACUGCCAUUUGCGAACGAAGCAUGGCAUCAAGUCAUUCAAAGAAGCUUCAGAGAGUAAAAAGGAAAUUGUAUGUGAUUAUUGUUUUAGAGUAUUUGAAAAUAUGGAUGCCCUCACUACUCACAAGCUUUACCAUAGGACUAUAGGGUACUAUGGCUGUCUUUACUGCAAUAGAAAGUUCAAUACCAUGACAACAUAUAGAAAGCAUAAAAACCAUCACUUCUCCCAACUGAAUGUGGACAAUCCAACUAAGUGUGAACAUUGCGAUGAGACAUUUGUGCCAUUCCGCGAAUUCAUAUAUCACAUGCGAGACGUUCAUGGCGACGAUAAAGAGUGGGUCGUGUUACCGAAAGAAUCCAUAGAAGAAAAGUGUAAUAUUUGCAAUAAAAUCUUUUACAAUUUACAUAGGCAUCUCGCAUAUCAUGAAGAGAACAGGUGCAAGAAGUGUGGUGAAUAUUUCUUUUCGCGAGUCGACUACGAUAACCACAUUUGUCACAUCGACAGUGACGAUGAAGUUUUGGAGAAUUCGGAAAAUGAUAUUCGGCCGAAGUAUGAAGAGUGCCAGUUUUGCUUUAAACCUGUCACCAUCAAAACGAAAAAGAAACAUGAUCUAUUACACAAAGGAUCUGGUUCUAUAUCGUGCAGAUUUUGUCCUCUCAAAUUUAAAACAAUUGACGCGUUUAAUAUACAUGCAUUUUCACACCGAAGUAGAAAAUAUAAAAAACAUCCGAUCCGUUGUCGCAUUUGUCGAGAGGCGUUCGUUAAAUACGGGCCUUUCAUCCGUCACAUGAAGAACGUGCACAAGUCGAGCAAAAAGAUGCAUUACAGAACCACGAUCAAACCGGAAAAAUGCGUCGUUUGCUCGGGCGAAUUUCCAAAUUUACACAAUCAUUAUCGUGCACAUUUGCAGAACCAAUGCCAACAGUGUGGGAAGUAUUUCAUAUCAUCGAAGCUGUUUUCGCAACACGCGUGCGACAGAGAAGACAGCGAUCCAUCGAAAGUGUUUACGAGUGAUGCUAACCUACCUCAGCUGAUCAACUCUUACGUGCCCAUAGACGAGAAAGACGACGAAAAGUUUUACGGUUACGAAGGCGAAAAUGCUGAGGAUGAAAACGAGGAUUUUCAUCAGAAUGAAGACAGUCAGAAUUCCGCAGACACAGCUGAGAGCACGAUACACGAGAUGGCUCAUGCGCCAAUAAUAUCUGACGUACUGUCUCUCUAUCAAAAGAAAGAAACGGACAACGCUGAACGCAAAGAAAACAAAGAUGUAGUUGAACUUACUGAUGAUGAUUCAGUAGGUUUUGAAAAUAAUAUACUUACAGUCAUUACGAUUGACGACGAUUAGUUUUUAUCGAGGUGUAAUCGUAAUACUAGUCUAGUUAAACUGAUUGAUAGUAAGGUUUUAGAUUUAUCGAAAGCAGAUAUAGGGUACUUAGUAUUCCACGUUUCUGAGUACAUUACAAUAUCUGAUGUUGCAUUUAUGCAGGUAUAUCUAUAAGUAAUAGUAUAUUUGUAUAUAACACUAAUAUAUAUUAUAGUAAUUUACUAAGUUGUUCCGCAUUGGAAUGCAUUAAAAUCUUGAUUGGGGUAGAAAUACAUUGGACAUGUAUUUCAUAUGCAUUUAGAUACUUAUAAUUGCAUUACUAGUUACAACAUUAACUAUAUAUCAAAUGAAUACUAAAGAUGAUGAUUCUCAUAUAUUUUUAAGUUUUUUAAUGUGCAGAGCUUGCGUGAAGAGUAUCUGUAUUGUUAAUACACAUAAUGAUUCGUGAAACUUAUGCUUUAAAUGAGAAAGCAGGGCUAUUUUUCUUUUGGUAAAAAAGUUCAUUAUAUUAAUUUAGGCCAGUUAUAUGCUUAUAAGCAACUGGCAUUUCAUACACCAUAUUAAUAAUAUAUAGUAAGUACUGAAAAGUGAUGUAUUUUAGGUCAAACCUGUUAAUGUAUCUGAAUUGUUUUUUUUUUACGUUAGUUUAUUUUGGUGCUUUUUUUUUCUCACUCUUGAAUUUGUUCUUAUUAUAGCGGUGGUAUUCCCCAUUAGCUCUUUGGGACCUUUAUUUAUAAUUAUAAAUCAUUUGUAAAUAAUAAACUUUCACCAGCUAUGAAGCUGCCAUUUUGUACAUAUUUGCCAUAUUAUAUUAGUUGUAAGUAUUAGUUGAUAGGUCAUUAGUUAUUUGAAUUUAAGUGUUACUUUUGUAGAUUACUUUUAUUUAUAAUCCAUUGACCACAUGGACAAUUUUAUAGUAUGUUCUCUAGAUAACGCUUUCUGUAAUAUGGCUUUGUAAUUGCUAGAUAAUGUUAAGAUUUUUAUAAUUAAUUUAAGAAAUACAAAUUUUGACGGUAGUCGUAAAUUAAGGUACAUAUUAUGGAAGUUUUAUAUAGUGACGAUUCAAUUAUGUAUUCGUCAUUCUAAAUUUAUUUUAAUGAAUGUGUGGAUCAUGUUAAAUAUCAUAUUUGCCAAAGGAAAAUAUUGUUCUAUGUAGCUGUAAAUUAUAUUGAUAGUUAUUGGCUUUCAUAUAUAUUAAAUUAGAUUUUAAUUUUUAAAGCUACAUUUCGCGCUAGCUAUGCAAUAACAUGUUAAAAUAUAAAUAAACGGUUAUUUUUAUCUUAUAUUAUUUGAUUUAAAGUUGUACAUUUAUGACGGUAAAUUUGACGUAUAAACAUUUAUAAUUAGUACAUAUUCACAGUUGCUGUUCUUCAAAAAACCAUAGUUACUUUGUAUUGACUCAAUUUUAUUUGGAGAUAAAAUUAAAAUCCAUUCCUUCAGUUUAAAAUUGAUUACAUUUUGUAAAUAUGACUAUAUCAUUUAUUGAUUUAUCAUUAAAAUGUGAAUUGGUAUUGCCCAGUGAUAAUAAUUGGCAAAUAUAUUUUUGUUACCAAUGUAAAAAAUGGUACUAGAUCUUUAUGUAUGUAGUCGGUGCAUCUAUAUAUGUGUGAUUAAAAUAUAUAAUGUGGUAAA